UUUUCACUCUAGCCAACCAUGAAGAUUGUUAUUCUGUUCGCCCUGAUUGCGAUGGCCAUCGCUCAGGAUGGCUACCCCACCAAGUUCGACAAUAUCGAUGUAGAUGAGAUCCUGCAGUCGGAUCGACUUUUCAAGAACUACUUCAACUGUCUGAUGGACGCCGGACCAUGCAGCCCGGAGGGAAACGAACUGAAGAGGUACCUGCCGGAUGCCAUUUCCACCGGAUGUUCCAAAUGCAACCAGAAGCAACGUGAGCUUACGGUCAAGGUGGCAAUGUUUUUGAUCGAGCAGCGACCGGAGGAAUGGAUUGCCUUGCGCGGAAAGUUCGAUCCGGAUAACGUUUUUGCCGAGAUGUACCGUGAGCAAGCAGCCAAGUUUGGGAUCACCCUUUAA